AUGAUCAAGAGCUGGGAAUCUAUUGGCCUGCACGUUCCUCACUGUAAGCCUAUCGUCGACAUAGGCUUAACUUGGGCAAGCAAAUACACUAAUCGGAUGAGUGUGACACAUGCUUAUGCUGUCACUAUGUUUAUUGACCCUGUGAUGCGGAUGUCAUGGAUGAAUAGUCAAUGGGAGGAAGACUGUGUUAAUAAAGCCAAGAAGUUUAUUGUGAAGCUGAUGCAUCGCAAGAGAGCAGAACACUCUAAUUCUGCAUAUUCCGGACCUGUAGUGGCUCCACGACCAUUGCCACACAUGCUAGGCUCACGUCGCUAUGGAAUUCCUGAGGCACAUGUGCAUGCACUGCAUCACAACAAUGGUGGUCAAAUGGUAGACCAGGAGUUCACAGUGUAUGUCACGGCUACUCUUAGUCCCCAGGGAACAAGUAUACUCGCAUUUUGGAAUGCUUCACGGACCAUGUUCCCAACCAUAUACUCAAUUGCCCUGGACUAUGCCCCGGUACAAGCUUCUGCUGUGCCAUGUUGGGCGGCCUCUCUACAGGACAUGGAACAUGAAAUAGUAUAUGACAGAGGUUCUAAUGAGCAGUUGACACCUGCUGCCAGCACAAACGACACUCUUCUCAGAGCCAUUGCGGAGCAUGAGUGUGAUAACACCGAGGACACUGCUACCAUCUACGACAAGUGA